CCACGUAGAAGCCGGGGCGUAUGAGCCAUUAUCGUGUGCAUGAGAAACACCAAGCCCAAGUCAGUCCAGCCAGCAGCAGUGAUACAGCGUGGGCCCCAGCUCAUUUCCAAGUUUGGCGCAGUCUUGGGCCCUACAGGACUAUGACAGCGCUAGAGCCUUAACUAACGAAUACCUAAAUAUGUAGUGCCCACCAAAGCCAAGCUGGCCAAGCGACUUCAGGCUGAACGAACCAAGACCUCCUCCGCCAAGUUUGUCUCCAUGCCUGUCAUUCUUCCUGUCCUGCAAAUAUCCCCCGUCCCCAGUCUCCAGUUUCUACCGUGGCCUUGGGAUUCCGAUCGUUGUUCAAAAAAGAGAGAAAAUUGGGGGAAAAAAUAUAUCCCCUCGCUGCCUAUUACUCGGUCCUUGACCGAGCCAUUCGCUCCCAAGGUUGUGACCCUUCCCAUAUCUCGAGCUCUUCCAUUCGCCCUUCGAUCCGCCGUCCCUUCCCUAACCCUCCAAUUCAACAUCUUACGACCUAUUCCUACGUUAUAUUCCAUUCAGUGGCACCAUCGUGUUGUACUGGGGAAGAACCUAUCGACUUUCAAGGUUCGCGGGAAUUUAUCAUCGUCCUGUAGCGGAGAACAACGGUGAUAAAAAGAAAAAAAAAAAAGAAAAAAAAAGAAAAGCAACACUGAUUCAGCCGGAUUUUUAUUUUUUGGAUAUUAUCGGAGUCGUGGAUCGAAUCGUUGUCUAGGUGGGAGGACGGGCUGUCCUCCUCUGGGAGGCUGCCUCGCAUAUUCUGGGUGGCCGUGAUGGGUUGGGUUGCUUCGGUAUCAGGCGAUCUCCCGCUGCACUGCCUGGGUUCCCGGGAGAAUUACUCGAUAGCUAGGGAUCGCGAACAGCAGGAGGUACAGAGACGGCGGCGAAAACGACACCGCCAAUGCGCAGAUGAAGAUUACCAUGCUGAUGAACGGAUGGCUCCCCGGGUCAUUUCGAAAUUGAAUCGGCGACGACGACAAAAAAUUCUGGGUCAGAAUGGGAGUUCGAUGUUAUUCUUGAUAUCAAUUUUCGUCGCAUUACUCACAUCUCAUCGUGCCAAUGCAGCGUUUGUCAACUUUGAAAAUUGCCUGCCCCAGUCGACCAUCUACUCCGAUCCUCUCCAGCUCCAGUUCAAGCCACUUUAUGUCUGGGCUUCAAUGGACAGCGCUUCCGAAGCCAAAAACCUGAAUGUGACGGUCUAUGGGAAUGUCACUGGGGCCUCAACCCGGGAACCCUAUCCUCCUCCCGAUUCUCCUCGCUGGUCCGAUCCAAAUGACACCUUUGGCAAGAUAGUCGAUGUGGACGUUGAGAAUAACAUGCUCUCGACCCUUUUUACCAGAUUCGAGGUCCUCAGCUAUUCUCCAUACGUCGCCGAGGCUGCUCGAUUUUGUGAGUCCUUGAUCCAGGGAGAGUGCCCACUGGGGCCAGUUUUUUAUUCUAAUGGGACUCCAUCCGAAUUACGAGCUUUCUCCGCUGCCCAUGAGCUCUUCUCUGCCUAUUCUUUCACGACCAUAACGCCUUUCAUGAGAGUGACAGCUGGCGAUUCCGCUAGAACUCUUGUUGUUUGCGUAUCCGCCGAAGUUACGCCUGCCUUAGGAUCAACGCUAGAUAACGCCCUUAGAUAUAUCCCCCUUGUCAUUCUCAUUCUGGUGGGAAUUGCGACAGUAUCUGCGGCCAUGUUCAGCCCAUGGGGUUCUUUAGAUAUCUUUCGGUGGACCUCCAAUUACGGGCGAGACGAGGAUUUGCUGCGGCUUGUCACCCCAGGAUUCGCGGACUGCCUACAGUAUAUUCAAUUUGUGGUUCUAACCGGAUCGUUAACUCUGAAUUACCCGGGGUUCUAUCAGCCUAUUGUAAGCAGGGCGGCAUGGUCUACUCUCAUGUUCAACGAAAGCUUCGUCAGCCAUGGAAAUGGAACCCAGCCUGUUCAGGAUGGAGUGUAUGUUGUCAAUGCAACUUAUGGUUUGGAUCGAAUGGCCCACCUGGUCGGCAUGACGUCGGUCAGGGACGUAUGGUCUGGAAUGGUAAUUUGGCUUCUUGUGAUUCUUGCAAGUGUCGUUGUAAUAAUCCAGCUUGGGUUCGGUCUACAAUGGCUACACCACCAAGUCGCCCGUGUACCAGAAGAAGAUCUUCGCGCCAAGAACUUCCCUUUCACCAUGGGCAACGUUAUUCGCAUCAUUUUCAACUAUUUUCUUUUGCCAAUCGUGUCAUUAUCCAUGUUCCAGCUGGUGGUCACUCGCCAUUCCGCUAUUUCCACAGUAGCUUUGGCUGUCGUCCUUCUUGUUGGGUUGAUUGGAUUUGCUGCUUGGCUAUUGAUCCUCAUUACCCGAACGCGUCCACGGUCGUAUAUGUUUGACGAUCUUCCAACAGUUCUACUUUACGGCUCUUUGUAUAAUACAUUUUCCGAUGGUGCUGCCGCUUUCUCUGUAGUAUCCGUUCUUCUCACAUUCGUUCGUGGCAUCGCGAUCGGAGCCGUCCAACCUUCAGGGAUUGCACAGAUUGUGCUCCUAGCGAUCUGUGAAGUUGUCCUGCUACUGACGUUGUCCGCGUUCCGUCCCUUCCCGCAGCCGACAGCUAUGAAUCUCUAUCAUGCGAUUUUCUCUAUCAUCCGCUGUUUAACGAUGCUCCUAUCUGUUGCGUUCGUUCCAUCGCUGGGUGUCGGCCACGCGGCGAGGGGCUGGAUUGGUUACGUUAUCCUUCUAUUGCAUGGGAUGGUUUUAACUUUUGGAUUCUUCUUGAAUGCAAUUCAAACUUUGGUUGAAGUACUUGCUCGUCUUGCUGGUGCUGGUGGCGAGGGUGGAGUGGAGGGCGGUGCGGCAAGGGGCGGUCUUGUAAAGGUCUUUGGAAUGCGCCAACUUUCUCGCAGAGUCCCGCGAGGACCUCGCCAUGUUCCUCGUCAUAGCAGCACCUCGGAAGCAACAAUGUUAGGCUCGGAUCAUGGAAGAAUGUCAACCCACCUAGACGCUGAGAGAGCUCGAAGCUUUUCUGGUAGUUCAGCACUCUUGUUGAGCCGGUCUGCAGCUGCCGAGAACAGGGUGAGCGCUGGCUUCGAAGCGAGUAGCCUUUUUGGAGUGGGCCAUCAUCGCCAGGGAAGCGGAACCGCACCGUACACACCUACCACUCCGGGGGGUAUCUCACAUUUCGCGUUCCCUCGCCAAUAUUCGGGGGGCAGUGGGUCACCACGCAGCGCCUUGGCUAGCCUAAAGCAUUCAGAUAACAUUGGCCCUUACUAUCGGCCCCCUAGACGGCGGCGAGCCACAUUGGACGGAAUGUCGUCUCGCAGCCGCACUCACACCUUAUGGACUAGUGGCGAUUGGACUAAACGACAGUCAGGCAGUAAUAUCGACGGUGAGGGAGUUCAUACGAAUGACAGUACCCCAGUCGCCGGGAGCAACACACCAGUUCCAGCUUACCUUGGGGCAUCUAGGGAUGAUUCGGAUGUAGACAUGGACGAACCGGGCCGUCCAAGGACUGACUAUGCUGUCCGGGAGGUAGACUUUUAUUAUCGCGUUCGAGGUCCUGCGCUUUCCCAUUCUGCAACCCGAAAACUAAAAACUGGCCCUGCCGACCCGACUGGUCCAGUAUCGUCUGCCACAGGCUGGUUCCGCGAACUCUUCCGCGGUAAAACAAGGGAUAAAGGGAAAGGUUUCGAAGUCGUUCGCAGCGCCAGAGCCCCCCCGCCCGGAUUGAUACCACAUACUGAGGUCGGCGAGCCGUUCCCGGAACCGUAUCAGGAUGAGCCUGAUACCUCGAAGAAUGCUGGUUUGGGUGUAGCCCAACACACCCGUAGUAUAUCGGGAGCACACAAUAGUUCCGAGAAGAUAACUAGAUACGAGCCAAAAAUAGCAACUGAACAACCCGCCCCUACGUUACCUCCUAUCGAAGCAAGUGAAGCUAUCGAGCUCCCACGCCGAACAAGCUCAAAGAGUGAUGCGCAAGGAAAUUUCCUCAUACUGCCGCCCACUAUUCCCCGCAAAAGCUCCAAACGACACUCCUCAGUCGUACCGACAGACCUAAAAUUCGAAGCAGGGGCAGGGGCAGGGGCUGGGGCUGGAGCUGAAAAUGGCGUCGAAAUCAUUCCCCCUGAGAAGAUUCAGAAUACCGACAAUUCCGACAACCCCCUUCAAUCUUCCCCAAAAGCAACCAACACCCAUACCACACGACUCCCUUUCGGCUCCAAAUCCUCGUCGAUGCGGAGCGAGUUUGUCUCUACGGGAUCGGGCAAUUCCAGUAUUCAGAACACGACAGACGACGACAACAGCUAUAAUACCAGCAAUAAUGACACCGACAAUCCCGAUCCCAACAACAACAAUGAUGAUAAUAAGCAUGGGCCAAGAAGACGACAUAGUUCGGCACCUUACAUUCCAUCUACCCGUAACCAGGGCCGGCCCUCGAGUAUGGGAUGCGUCCAGAUGCAUCGCGCAAGCGACCAUAUAUAUGUCACUGAUGCUGCACCGUUUUCUGGCAGUACGGCUGAGAUCGUGGGGGACCCUCCUCCCCCUUCUUCUCCAGUGUCGGCUGGUUCACCUCGUCCGUCCUCUGACACUCACCCUCGUUCACAUUGUCCGCUUUGAGACUGAAUCGGCACAUGUAUGCUCCUCCUACCUCCUCCUACAUCUCCCUCCCGCCUUCUCCAAGCCUUCAGUAUCUCUCUACUUCACCCCAUCCCCCCAAUAGGGGUUUUUAUCCGUCUCUCUAUCUAUCCACCUCUUACACUCUCGACAUCUUCCUCUAUCACCCUCCACGUAUGACUUCAGCAGUGUCUAAUCUUCUGUUCUCUUUUUCAUAUUUCUUUUUUUU